AUGAAUUCACCAGUCACUUCCGACGAAGAAACCUUCGAUCCAGGCCAGGUAGUAUCGCAAGCCUACCACACCGCAGCUGAUGCGAGCAGAAGCUCUGCUGAUACAUCGCCUUUGCAAAGGAUACCCAAAGACGACGAUGUUAGUCUGAGGACAGAAGCUUUAGACCGUCUGAGAUGGAACGUCCUCGCCCCGCUACCGACAGUCGAAGUCGUCGAUCUCAACGAAGCAAGCGAGUUCUGCUGGAAGCCCCUGUUCACUAACCCCAAGCAUCCUCUUGCCGAAGAACCAGUGACCGCACGACCAACUUUUGAUAUCCGUGUCAUUUUCGUCAUGAUUCACUACUGGAAGUGCUUGGGCAUGAUGGACGAGAGCCCACCACCUCUACACAUUCAUAACACAGACGGACAAGCAAUCACUGUCGAGCAAUUUGUUACUCAAGUUUCAGCGUACGCGGAAAGCUUGCGAGAGAUGAUUGACGAGAUCGAAGAUGUGAGCUUGGCGGCGGAGAAGGAGAACCGUUGCCUCUACUAUUAUUCCAAUUAUGGAUUGCGGAGCUGGAAUAGGGGAGGGACGGAAGACGUCUUUCCUCUCAACUUCAAGUCCUCCAUCUCGAGUUCAGCGGAAGAGUUUAGGGAACACUGGGUGAGGAGAGAACGGCUGUUCAAAGAUCAUCUGUUAAGUGACCCUACAAAUACAGUCCACAUAGCGCCAGGGUCGAUAGAUUUCGCCGAGGCAAGUAAGAACUUCCGCCUCAUUCCUGAAGAGGUUCCUCGUAAGGAGGAGAGCCUCUUGCACACGAGUGCUCUAGACCGCCUACGAUGGAACCUACUCGCCCCACCAUCUACCGUUCUAAUCAUCGACUCCAAUGAAGAGGGCGAGCCGAGCUGGCGGCCAAUGCUGGUGGAUCCAAAGCACCUUCUAGCUGAUGAAGCUGUUACCGAAGUACCGCGUUCACGAAUGUGUGUAGCAUUUGACAUGGUCGAAGCUUGGGAGUGCUGGGAGAGGUACGAUGACAACCCACCCCCACCGCCUCUACUCAUCAAGAAUUCCGAUGGGAAAGCCAUCACUAUUGAGCAGUUCAUCGUAAAGGUCUCCGAAUACGCUCAAAGCUUGCGGGAGACGAUUUUCGAGUGCGAGGGUCGCUCUUUGUCGGGGUCCGAGGGUGCGUGUCUUUGGUUCGAUGCGGCAUUCGGACCGCAACGGAAGGAUGCCGAAGAUCCAGAUAUCUUGUUCCUCGUCGGAUUCACGUCCAAUAUCUGGUACUCAAGCAGCCAAAUUGAAGCGGACCAUGUUCAGAAGGAGAAGAAAUUUGUCGAACGAUCAAGGUAG